AUUCUUUGACAAUGAAAGAAUUUCUCGCUGCCGUCACACUGUUGGCAACGGUAAAUCUAGGAGACAGUUUUACAAAAUACGGCAGAUCAUGCAAGGACAUUGGAUGUCCUGGGAACCAAGUAUGUGUGAUGCAAACAGAUCCAUGUUCAUAUUAUCAAAGGCAGGGAGAAUGUGGGCAAUUUCCAACGUGUCAGAAAAAAAGUGGAGGCAGUGCGCGAACAUGCUCAACUUACGUUUGCCCUCCAAGCCAAGUGUGCAAAAUGGACGGUGAUACUCCGAAAUGUUACAGCGAUGCAUCCAAAUCUGGACUGGUAAGCUAUGACACCCAUGCAGCAAAUGCCCCAAUAGAUCCUAAUGGUGCCCCAAGUGCUCCACCUGCAGAUGGGGGCAGUAAUGUUUACCCUCAAAUUCCGAAAGGCGAAACUACACCCAGACCUAACAUUAGGCCUGUCGCUGGUGGUAGUGGAUAUCAAGGAGGUAGUAUAGGAUCAGGAUAUCCUGGAUAUCCUCAACAAUCUGGAGGUGGCUACCCUCAGCAGGGAGGCGGCUACCCUCAGCAGGGAGGUUACCCCCAAGGGGGUUACCAAGGAUAUCCGCAAGGAGGUUAUCAAGGCUACCCACAAGGCGGAUAUCAAGGCUACCCACAAGGCGGAGGUCAGCAAUAUCCGGGUGGAUACCAAAAUGGGUAUAACCCAUAUCAACAGCCAAACCCUCAAAAAGGAUCCGGAAGUUCGAUAACAGAUAAAAUCACCGAUAGCAUCAAGCAAAUAGGGUUAUUCUACAUACUAUUAAGCUAUUAUCUUGCCAAGAGUCUACAGCUGUAAGAAUUUAAUAUUUCUUAAUUUCAUAACCACUAUGUAAAUAUUUCAAAUUAUUUUUAUACCUAAACAAUAAUCUAGCUAAUAUGGUUGUGUUCAUGUCUGAUUUUCCACUACCUCAAUUGUCGGUGAGUACUAGCCCAACAAAGUGUUUUUUAAUAGAUUAUAUGUUUUGUUUUGCAAUGAAUUUUUUUUGUUGCUUUGGUGGUAGCUUCUGCACUUUCACCCUCUUUUAAUAUUAAUAUUUUGAUGUAAAGUAACAAGCAUAUUAAACUAAGCAAAUAAAUUAUAAUCAACAAAUUCAAACGCGCGUAGAUACGGACAAAAAAUGACUUGACUUUUAGCACAGAAACGUGACUGGAUGAGAUAAUUAAGAAGCUUGAGUACCUACGCUGCUGCUUCCGCUUUACUGCUUUUGUUGUGUAGAAUAACCUUUGUCAAGCAUAGUUUUUUGUAUUGUUUGUAUAUUUUGUUGCCUUUUUCUGUAGAGCAGUUUUCUUUUAGGAUUUUCAUCUUAGUUAAGUAAGUCGAUAUUAAUUAUGUACCGGGCCAAAUUUGUUACCUACACUCAGGCAAUGUUACAUGAUGUAAGAUUUAUCAGAACUAAUAAAAAUGUUAAAUAAAUAUUAAUGAUGUUAUUGAA